GAACCACUAGUCUGAUAGAUAUGGUUCGGAUGCAGCUGACAUGUGUGGUCGGGGUAGCCUGUUUGAUAUUCGAGGCUCUCAGUUGUUCCAGUGAUUCCCUUGUUAAUGGGCCUAAUGGAGUAGACAACUCGUCCAUGACGUCAUCAAGGGAUUGGUCAUUGCCAGGGACAAGUAUAUGUCUAGCUCAUCUUGGGAGAUUAAAUAUGCAGCCCUACUUUGUGGAUGACGGGACUGAAUACAGCGCCUGGUGUGCUCCUACAAACACCCAAACAGACUACUUACAGGUAGAAUUUGCAAGCUUGAAGACGGUGUCAGCCAUCUCUACUCAGGGGAGGGUUCAAAGCCCAAGUGGGCCUACCUUUUCCUUCUACACGAAGUCUUACCUCGUCCGAUACAGCAACGACGGCAUCACCUGGACUGACGUAAUGGAGAAUAAUUCUCCAAAGGUAUUUCCAGGAAAUACUGACCGAGAAACUGUAGUAACGAACAAUCUCCCCGCUCCUGUGGCCACUAAAUACAUCCGGGUAGUUCCACAGUCGUGGUCCGUGUCGGUCUGUUUACGCAUCGACAUUCUGGGAUGUGAUGCGACUGUUCCGAGUUGUGCAACGAAUGUGUUCCUAGUAAAUGGUCCAUACGGAGUAGAUAACUCUUCUAUGACUUCAUCAAGGGAUUGGUCGGUUCCAGGGACAAGUGUGUGUCCAGCAUAUGUUGGCAGACUGCAUAUGCAGCCCUACUUCGGUAGUGAUGGGACAGAGUACAGUUCUUGGGCACCGCCUUCAAACACUCUAACAGACUACCUACAGGUAGAAUUCGCUAGCCUGAAGACAAUGGUAGCUGUUUUUACCCAGGGAAGGGCACAGAGUUCCAGAUAUCCCAGUUCUAUAUUUUACACGAAGUCUUACCUUGUACGGUACAGCAAUGACGGUGUUGUCUGGACUGACGUCACAGAGAAUAAUUCUCCAAAGGUAUUUCCAGGAAAUGUUGACCGGGAUACUGUAGUGACGAAUUACCUCCCUUCUCCUGUGACAGCGAAGUUCGUUCGGUUAGUUCCACAGUCUUGGCAAUCAUCUGUUUGCUUACGAAUCGACAUUCUUGGAUGUGAUGUGUCUGCUGUAGAGCCCGUGUCUGUUAACCGCUCGCGGAACGGGACCUUAUGGGGCUAUGCUGGAGUGGCACCCGGGAGUGUUUCUAUCACAAAUAUCACUGUGAAUACAACGACAAGAAGUAAAGUGGAAUGUGUCACCGUGUGUACAACAACAGAACAGUGCCUGGUCGUCUCUUUUGAAAAGGCCACGUACCAGUGUAUCGGCUAUGGAACAACGAAUGUUAUUGGAUCUUUUACACCGAGCGACCCCAACGUGAUGUCUCCCGAUUCUUACAACACAUUAUACUUUAACUACGGUACGGUUGUACAGUUGAUCACUAUUGUGUAAUUGUAACGAUUUCUUCCUUUCAACUCUGGGAAAGUAAAUGAUUUUCGAUAUGGAAUCAACACCUUUACGGUGGUAGAUCCAGACGGUUUUCCUGACUACAAAACCUCCAUCACCACCACCGUGAAAUUUUAUUUUUAAACAAUGUACUUGCCCUAUUUUUAUGUCACCUAGC